AUGUCUAGCAAAAUUAAACCAAAGCCAUGGGAAGUAAAUAAUGUGUCAUCACAUAUAAUAGACGAUGCUGCCAAAAACAUGGGUACCAAUCCAAAUUCUGUCCAAAAAAAAAAUGAUAUUGAUGAUAAUGUUAACGGCGAAAAGAUACCACCUGAACCUGUGGCACGACCUGAUAUUUUGGAGCCAACAGCAGAUAUUUACGGAAACAGCUACGGUAAUAAUAACAGUAUGCUGAGUCAUCGUAAUUAUGGCGGUGGAUUGUAUAACAAUGGGUUAUACGGAGGUGCAGGAAUGUAUGGGGGAGUAGGAGGUUUAUAUGGUUCCAGUAUGUAUGGUGGAGGCGGGCUGUACGGUUCUGGUAUGUAUGGGGGAGGGCUAUAUGGAAAUAACAAUGUUAGUGGUAAUGGAUUAAUGGGAGAAGGAACGCAAAGUGCAUUUCAAUUAAUCGAAGCCAUGAUAUAUGCAAUAACUGGUUUUGCACAAAUGCUAGAAGCAACAUAUAUGGCCACACAUUCUUCCUUUUUUACAAUGGUUUCUGUAGCGGAACAGUUGAGUGGAUUAAAAGAUAUGGCUAUUGGAUUAAUUAAUAGUGGCAUUUUAGAUUUUAUAAGGAUAACCAAAAAAGUGUUAUACAUGGUUAGCGGUGGCAAAUUAGGUAAAAUGACAUCCUCCGGCAAUUCGAAGAAUCUUGUGGAUAAAAAUACCUCCUCUAAAAAGAAACCGAAAAUGUCAUUAAAACCGUUACUCAUGUUUUUAGCAAUAGUUAUUGGGUUUCCAUAUUUAUUAAACAAAUAUAUUAGUAGGAUGGCAAAUAAGAAAGUUAAUUAUUUAGCUUCUAAUGAAGACCAAAAUACUAAUGUAAUUAAUCCAGAAAAUUUAGAAUUCGCCAAAGCAUUAUACGAUUUUGUACCUGAAAACUCCAAAUUUGAAGCACCUUUGAAAACAGGGGAAUUAAUGGCUAUUUUGUCUAAGAAAGAUGCAAUGGGAAAUGACUCCAGUUGGUGGAGAGUUAGAACAAGAGGUGGAAAAGUUGGCUAUGUGCCAAACAAUUAUAUUCAACUAUUAGAAAGAAAAACUGACACAAAUAGUGUUAUAAGUAAGAAUGAUAAUAAAACGGAAAAAUAA